AUGAAUGAACAUACAUCAAUGUACACUGUUUCUGAUGAAGAGAAGAUGCGGGUUCUCCUGGUCUCUUUUCUAGUGCUCGGAAUUUGUUGGGCCGGACCAAUAGUAGAUACAAAUUAUGGCAAAGUUGAAGGUUUCGAUUACGAAGAUGCCGAAGUCUUCCUUGCAAUCCCAUUCGCGAAACCACCAGUUGAUGACUUGAGAUUUGAGAAACCAGUAUCACCCGAACCAUGGGAAGAUGUCUAUCAAGCAACUCAAUUCAGAAAUGACUGUACUCCUCACUAUCGUCUCGUAGCACAAUUCUCGAGCCAUUCUGGAGAGGAUUGUCUGACUUUGAACGUAAUCAAACCGAAGAAAGCGGAGAAGAAACUUCCAGUUCUUUUUUGGGUUCACGGUGGUGGAUAUGAAAUCGGAUCUGGAAGUCAACAUGGAUACGAGUUCUUUGCCAAGAGAUAUGCUACCCAAGGAGUCAUUGUGGUCACUAUUCAGUACCGACUUGGAUUCAUGGGUUUCUUCAGCGAAGGAACUCAAGAUGUUCAAGGAAACUGGGGACUGUUUGAUCAAGCAGCAGCACUCAAAUUCGUCAACGAAAACAUUGAACAUUUUGGAGGGGAUCCAGAUCAAGUGACUAUCUGGGGAUACAGUGCUGGAGCUGCUAGUGUUUCCCAACUCACCAUGAGCCCCUAUACAAGAGAUCUAUAUUCGAAGGCUAUUAUUAUGUCAGCGAGUUCCUUUGUCGGGUGGGCAACUGGUCCAAACGUAGUGGAAACUUCUAAACAACUCGCUGAAAUUCUCGAGUGUCCAUGGCCAGGAGCCAGAGAGUGCAUGAAGAAAAAGACGCUUCAUGAGAUUUUUGAUGCUGUUGAGAAGCAAGGUUUCACGACUGGAACAAUUGAUAUUUUGAGAUGGUCACCUGUUAUUGAUGGAGAUUAUUUGCCAAAGAAUCCAGAAGACUUGAUUAAAGAUGCUCCAGUGAAGCCAACAUUGAUCGGGAUGAGCAACAAAGAAGGAUCCUAUUUUGCUGCCAUGAACAUGGGAAGAGUUAUUGCUGACUUUGGUUUGUCUCCAGAGGAACUUCCGAAAGUUGACGAGGAAUUUAUUUCUGAAAUCAUUGGAAGAAAACUCCUCUACAACAACAGAUACGGGGAAAAUCGUGAAAAGGUUUGGGAAGAAAUUCUGGACUACUACGUGAGAGAAGGAAAACCAGAAAAUGAGAAAGACUUGAAUGGAUUUUAUGUCGAUCGGUAUUCUGAGAUUCUUUCCGACAUUACUUUCAAUGUGCCGAUUCUUCGUGAAAUCACGGCUAGAGUAGAGAGGAAGGCUCCAGUUUGGACCUAUCGUUUUGAUCAUUACAAUGAGAAUAUCUGGCCAAAAUACGUUCCGCAGCAGGCUCGAGGAUCUCCACAUGCCAACGAGUAUCACUAUCUCUUCGAUAUGCCAAUUAUGGCGAAAAUGGAUUUCACUAAAGAGCCAGAUAGCUGGAUUCGGGAUGACUUGAUUGAUAUGAUCGUGUCAUUCGCGAAAUCUGGCGCACCAAGAGUUGAGGGCGUGGAAUGGAGACCAGUGAGUGAUCCAGAUGAUGUCAACUUUUUGAAUUUUGAAUCAACUGGAGUUUCAAUGAAACAUGGUCUUUUCCAAGAGCCCCUCGAGUUCUGGAACAAUCUUCGUAAGAGAGAAGGAUUCGAUUUGGUCGAUCCAACUAACAGUGCUAACCAUCAAUCCACUCAUGAGAAAAACGAGUUGUAA